AUGGCUGGAGGUGGUGGCGGUGGAGGAGGCGAAGGUCCAAGACAGCUAGAUCAGACCCCGACUUGGGCCGUUUCUACAGUUUGUGGUGUAAUCAUCUUGAUCUCCAUUAUUUUGGAAAUCAUAAUUCACAAAGUGGGCGAGGUUUUCGUAAAAAAGAAGAAGAAAGCUUUGUUUGAAGCUCUUGAAAAGAUAAAAAGUGAGCUUAUGGUUUUGGGAUUUAUUUCUCUGCUUCUAACAUUUGGCCAAAACUACAUUGCGAGCAUAUGUGUUCCAUCAAGAUACGGCCAGGCCAUGUCGUUUUGUGGUCCGUAUGAUGGACCUAGUGAUGAUGAUGAUAAUGAUAAAAAGCUCAAGAAAACAGAACAUGCAAUGCGUAUUCUCUCCAUUCAGCGUCGUUCUUUAGCCGACGCUCCUCCAGUGAAUUGCAAGAAAUUAACUUUUCAGAAUGCUUUUGAGAUUACUUACUUUUUUUGGAUAUGGUAUGAGUUUGGGCUAAGGUCAUGUUUUCAUCACCAUUUUGGCCUUAUAAUCAUUCGUGUGUGUCUGGGGGUGGGAGUGCAAUUCCUAUGCAGUUAUAUCACAUUGCCCCUUUAUGCUCUUGUCACUCAAAUGGGAUCCACAAUGAAGAGAUCAGUGUUUGAUGAACAAACUUCAAGAGCAUUAGAACAAUGGCAUAAGAAGGCGAGGAAAAAGAAUGAAAAGUGA